UAUGUAUGAAGUAAUUUCUGGAUUACCUCCAUACCAUGAUGUAAGCCAUGAUAAAAAUUUAGCAAUAAAAAUUUGUCAAGGACUUAGACCAAGAUUUAAUAUCAAAGUACCUCAAUUGAUUGUGAAUUUAAUCAAAAGAUGCUUGGAUGCAAAUCCAUUAAAUCGACCUACGGCAAAUGAAGUCAAAAAAGUUUUAGGUCAAUGGCAAAAGGAAUCCCUUAAAUUGGAAUAUAAACAGGAUACAGAAUUACAAAAAGAAAUUAGAGAAGCAGAAGAAAUCAAUAAUAAUCUACCAACUAGCAGUAUACCUUUAACUAAUUUAUCAUACGAAACACAUUCUGAAGCCGUUUAUACAAGUAGAUUACUUAAUUUUAAUAAUCUUCCAGAACUAAAAAAUUCAGAUGAUUAUUAUGAUGAACAAAAUGACAAUAUAAUUAGUGAAAAAUUUUCAGAAUCUUUACAAAUUGAUAUUUCUCAAUUAACAAUUAAAGAUAAUGUUGGUACGUAUAUAUUUCAAUUUAUUCUUAAGAAAUAA